AUGGCUCUAUUCUAUGUUGGCUAUUUAAUAGCUGUAUCAAGUACAAUUGCAUUCAUUCUUGCUAUAUUGACACCAAAAUGGAUUUAUCCAAAUUCUCCUACAUAUCCAAAUGAAACAAAUUAUCGUGGGAUUUUUUAUGUUGAUCAAGGUCGUUCAGAUGGAAUAUGUCGUGAUUGGAUUCUUGUCUAUAAACCUUCAGUAGAUUCUUGUCGACCACCGUAUGCUGUUGCAUGUGCAGCAUUAUCAAUCAUAGCAUCUUCACUAUCGAUUAUUCUUCUUUGGCUUGCUGGUGGUUAUCUUUAUCUUCGUCGUCGACGUCUUGCUCCUCAUUUUGUAACAGCUUUAGCUGCAUUGACAUUUUUAAUUUUUUGUAUAACUGUAGUCAUAUGGGUUGUAAUGAUUACAAUGAAUCGUGAUGGAAAUUUAACAAUUCGUCGUGAAAAUAUUGGUUUUUCAACAUGGAUUGCUGUUGGUGCAAGUGGUGGUUAUUUAAUAGCGUGUAUAUUAUUUAUUAUAUAUCGUAUUGAUCUUGGCCAUCGAAGUUCAUCUCACGAUCUAUAUUCUGCAUAA